CUCGUCCUUUCUCGUCGUCCGGACCCUCUGUCGUAAUCCCCUCCCUAGUCCAUAUCGUCUGCCAUGCGUGCCACCGCUUUCCUUGCCACCGCGCUUGCCGCCUCGGUCGCCAACGCUGAGACCUUCCAGAUCUUGAUUGGUGCUAAUACGACUGCCAAUGCGAGCCAGAUCUUCACGCCUCAACAGCUCCAGGCACAUGCUGGCGACACUGUCAUUUUCAACUUUACUAACGGCACCUACGACCUCAUUCAGUCCAGCUUCGCCCAACCAUGUGUGCCCCUGAAUCAACAGAACAACUCGCUCAACGGCUUUGACACGGGUGUGCGCCCUGCGGACAACGGCACCUCGAUAACGACGUUCCCGGUUAAUAUCGUGGACAAUGUAACAACCAUCUGGUUCUACGAGAACUCGACCUGCGGGCAAGGUGGUGUCGGCGGCAUCAACAUCAACGAAAGCUCGACUGAGACUCUUGCCGGCUUUGUUCGCAACGCUAUCCGCCUGAACGGCACCAACGCGACCGAGUCGUCAACCUCCUCCCUGCCGCUCUCUACCGGAUUUUCCGGCGGCAGCAGCAGCGGCAGUAGUGGCACCGGAUCGUCGUCGUCGCCGAGUGCGAGCCAAACCGGCAGUAACAGUGCUCAGCACAACACACUCGCAGGCGUUGCUCUUGCGCUGCCUCUGGCUGUUGCCGCUCUGUUCCUUUAAGCGACACCUCUCUCUACCUUGGUAGAUGGUCGAGCAGAGUCUCAGACGAGUUAAAAUAGCUUGAGUUGUGGGCUUGUGGACCCAGGAAACUUCCAUUCAGCCCACUGUCUUUGCUCUUUUAUUGGCGGCGCGCUUGUAUGGCAUUCAUUGCUCUCACGUACAUUCUAGCACGGGCUCUAUACACUCCCUUACGUUCUGUACACCACCCGAACCCUGUAUACCCUCCCACUAUCACUCUCCGUGCUUUAUGAUGUUGUUUGUUCCCCUACAUACAUGUAUCUGCCCUCUGGCAUUUGCCUUCGUGCCUCCACGCAGGCCCAUGCUUGUAACCCCUUGUCGCCCGCCGCGUCUGAUCUUGGCUCUGGAUCGUUGUGCCGUAUAGACAUUGACGUGCUGGACCUAGUUUACUCGCUCUUUUACAUAAGGCUAGCCUCUGAUGUUAGAUGCGUCUGUGAUAUAUACCCUUCU